AUACAGCCAUAUAAAAUGAAACAGACGAAGGAUUGGAUAUAUAUGAUGCUUCUUUUCAUCUUUUUUAUAAAUUGGUUUUAUUUAUUAUUUUUUGUGGGUAGGUUUGGGUGGUGGGGAGGCUUGCAAGAUUUAACAAUGGUGCAUUGUUCAAGAAGUUCACUUAUAUAUUGUAUCUCCGCAUCAUUCAUAUAAAGAGGAAUAUUCAUAAUGUAGUAGAACUAUAUUUAUUUUAGCCACUUACAUUUUGUAUCUCCACAUUAUGAACUAUAUUCAUAACUGUUGCAUUGGCAUGGUGUCACACACUUUUAAUGCGCAUUUCCAAAUUUCUACGCACACACACAAUUAAUGUAGCAUAAUCUAUUGCUAGAUGAACUCGUAAUUGCUUAGCCCUAGGUCACACGGUCCAACAAAACAAAAGAUUAUGUCACUUAAAUAUGAAAUACAACUUGUAGUUAUUAUACAAUAUAGUUUGUUCCUGCAUGCAAAAUUAUUAUACGGUGAUUAGGAUUGAUUUUGUACAUGCAAUCUUGUAUAACAAGAUUCAAUAGUAUAUAUAAGGCAGUGGAAGCAGAGGCUUUUAAGAGAACACAGGGAAAGAACAAGUUGAACAAAGCUACAAAUACUUAGUUUUACCAGUUUUGUGUUGAAGGAACAAAAGAAUGGCUACUAAACCUGGCAUUCUCACAGAGUGGCCAUGGGCACGCCUUGGGAAUUUCAAGUACUUGCUUUUGGCACCAUUUGUGGGUCAUAGCAUAUACUCAUUCUUCAUGGGCAAAGAUGAAAGUCAGAGGGACAUUGCAUACAUAAUCAUACUCCCACUUCUACUCUCGAGAGUGAUUCACAACCAGAUAUGGAUAUCUCUAUCUCGCUACAGGACUACCAAGGGUGAUAAUCGGAUUCUUGACAAGAGCAUUGAAUUUGAUCAAGUUGACAGAGAACGAAACUGGGAUGAUCAAAUCAUACUUAAUGGAAUGGUAUUCUACGUUGCGUACCUGAAGUUCCAACAGACUCAUCACUUGCCUUUGUGGAGGACUGAUGGGAUCAUAAUAACUGCCUUGAUGCAUAUCGGUCCUGUCGAGUUUCUCUAUUAUUGGCUUCACAGAGCUCUGCAUCACCAUUUUCUCUACUCUCGUUAUCAUUCCCAUCAUCACUCCUCCAUUGUUACUGAGCCCAUCACUUCUGUUAUUCAUCCGUUUGCUGAGAUCAUAGCAUAUUACACGCUCUUUCUUAUACCGGGGGUCACAACUUUUUUCACUGGAACUGCUUCUAUAGCUGCAUUUGGUGCGUACAUCACUUACGUUGAUUUCAUGAACAACAUGGGGCAUUGCAACUUUGAGCUCAUUCCUAAGUGGAUGUUCUCUAUGUUUCCCCCUCUCAAGUACUUGAUAUAUACGCCCUCGUAUCACUCGCUACAUCACACUCAAUUUAGAACAAAUUAUUCACUUUUCAUGCCAAUGUAUGACUAUCUGUAUGGUACAGUGGACAAGUCGUCAGAUACAUUGUAUGAAAAGUCACUUGAGAGGAAAGCUGAAUUGCCUGAUGUGGUGCACCUAACACAUCUAACAACCCCUGAAUCUAUCUACCAUCUCCGACUAGGGUUUGCAUCCUUGGCCUCGACGCCUCACGCUUCCAAGUGGUAUUUUUGGUUAAUGUGGCCCGUUACCCUAUGGUCGUUUUUUAUUACUUGGAUUUAUGGUCAAACAUUUGUUGUUGAGAGAAAUUUAUUCAGGAAUCUUAAAUUACAAACUUGGGCUAUCCCAAAAUACAGGAAACAAUACUUUAUGCAAGGGCAAAGAGAUACUAUUAACAAUUUGAUUGAGGAAGCCAUCAUGGAAGCUGAUCUGAAAGGCAUAAAAGUUUUGAGCCUUGGACUCCUAAAUCAGGAAGAGGAGCUGAAUAAUAACGGUGAACUUUACAUAAGGAGGCAUCCGCAGUUGAAAGUGAAAGUGGUUGAUGGAAGUAGUCUAGUUGUUGCUGUGGUCCUAAACAACAUUCCUAAAGGAACUUCCCAAGUGGUCCUUAGAGGUCGUUUGUCCAAAGUUUCUUGCUCCAUUGCCCUUGUCUUGUGCCAAAGAGGAAUUCAGGUUGUCAUGUUAGACGGAGAAGAGUUCAAGAGACUUAAAGCAAGGCUUACCCCCAAGGUUGCUACCAAUUUGGUCCUUUCAAAGACUAAUGCGUCAAAGAUAUGGCUAGUAGGGGACAGAUUGAGUGAAGAUGAACAAUUGAAAGCACCAAAAGGAACAUUGUUUAUUCCUUUUUCACAGUUUCCACCAAGGAAAGCUCGCAAGGAUUGCAUCUACUUCAGCACACCAGCCAUGACUAUCCCAAAACAACUUGAAAAUGUAGACUCUUGUGAGAACUGGCUACCAAGAAGGGUGAUGAGUGCAUCAAGAAUAGCAGGGAUUUUGCACGCAUUGGAAGGCUGGAAUGAGAAUGAGUGUGGUAAUAUGAUGUUUGAUAUUGAAAGAGUGUGGAAAGCUAGUCUUGAUCAUGGUUUUCGCCCGUUAACCAUGACUUCUGCCGCUGAAUCAAAGCCUUAAAAAUUAUAGGCUGCUUUGUCAUGAUCAUAUCUUGAAUCAGUGGUGACUUACAAGUUUGUAAUAGUGUAAUACACAUCUUAUCUUUCACGCCCAAUAAUUUUCCUUGACCGCAACAGGGGCAGAAUUUUCCUUUUGAACCUGGACACUAAAAUACAGUAAAUAAGAACAGGGAAGCAAUCAGCUCACAUAAUGUUUUCCCUUUUUAAUGUAAUUUCAGUAAUAUGUAAGUUUCGUGUUAAAUUCAAUUCGAAAGUUUCUAUCAGAAUUCUAUCUCAUGACUGUUAAUUUC